AUGCCGCAGAACGAGUACAUUGAGCUUCAUCAGAAGCGAUUCGGGCGUCGCCUGGAUCACUUCGAAAAGAAGCGCAAGAAGGCUGCGCGCGAGCCGCACAAGAUGUCCAAGCAGGCGCGGCGUCUGCGCGGCAUCAAGGCGAAGCUUUUCAACAAGAAGCGCUACGUGGAGAAGGCGACGAUGAAGAAGACGAUCAAGCACCACGAGGAGAAGGACGCGAAGACGAAGGAGCCCGACGAGGCGCCGGAGGGCGCAGUGCCUGCGUACCUUUUGGAUCGUGAGGCGGUGAAGCGCACCAAAGUCCUCAGCAACAUGGUAAAGCAGAAGCGAAAGGAGAAAGCCGGAAGGUGGCAAGUGCCGCUGCCGAAAGUGAAGGCGAUGACUGAGGACGAAAUGUUCAAAGUCCUCCGCUCCGGAAAGAGAAGAAAGAAGAUGUGGAAGCGCGUGGUGAACAAAGUCUGCUUCGUGGGCGAGGACUUCACGCGAAAGCCGCCCAAGUUCGAACGCUACAUCCGCCCUACGGGCCUGCGCUUCAAGAAGGCACACGUGACUCACCCCGAACUGAAAACUACCUUCCAUCUCGACAUCGUCGGAGUGAAGAAAAACCCGCAGUCGCACCUCUAUACGUCACUCGGCGUCAUCACCAAGGGAACGAUUAUUGAAGUCAACGUCAGCGACUUGGGCCUCGUCACGCAGACAGGCAAAGUCGUGUGGGCCAAGUACGCGCAGGUCACCAACAACCCCGAGCUGGACGGCUGCAUCAACGCAGUUCUUCUCGUCUGA